UACUACUGCUCAACUUCUGCUCGACUUUCCUCAGGAACCUGAAGUGUUUGGACUCUUUCUGCCUCUUUUAAAGGACUUCGACCCUCCUGCUCCAGUGUCAGCCAUGUUGGUGGUUUUGGCCUUCAUCAUCUUCUUUCACAUCAUUUCAGCGAUUCUGCUUUUUAUAGCAACGAUCGACAACGCUUGGUGGGUUACAGCGAACGGGAGCUACUACUCUGAUCUCUGGUAUUACUGUAACUCUACCUGUCACAAUAUUCCAGACAGCGCGUCCAGUAGCGCAGGUUACCUCCACACCGUGCAGGCUGCGAUGAUUCUGGCCACCAUCCUGUGCUGCGUAGAUUUCUUCGUCUUUUUCCUUCAGCUUUUCCGCCUGAAGCAGGGCGAGAGAUUCGUCUUUACCGCCAUCAUCCAGCUCAUGUCUUCAUUGUGCGUGAUGAUCGGUGCGUCCGUCUACACCGCUCAGAAUGGGAGUUUCCAGAAACCCGAAGGGCAACAGAAUGGCAACUACGGCUACUCCUUUGUUCUGGCCUGGAUAGCCUUUCCCAUGACGUUCCUCAGUGGUCUGAUGUAUCUAGUGCUGCGCAAACGGAAGUAGACGCCCACAAAGGUCCACCUCAGCCGGCCGCGGCCUUAGCCGAGAGAAUUUUAUUGUAAAUAGAGUGUUUUUUCCUUUCGAUUGCGUAAUUCAACUACAUUGCCAAAGUGUAACAUCAUGGAAGAAAGAAUAUAAUCUGUAGCAUACUGGAACCUAACGUAGAUUUACUUCAGUACUAGGUAGAUUUAACCCAAUUGUUUUUGUUUGUUAUUAAAUGACUUUCGCUUUUGAAGACGUUUUGUGAUGUGCUGUGAUGUUUUGGAACUCAAACAGACGAGAGACUUGAAAUAAUUAAGUAAAAUGCAAUCCAGUAGACCAAGCAAAACCACUACGUGAGCUUCGUAGAAACUGUAGGAUGCAAAAUUGGCUUUUUUAGUAAAUACUUGAGGACGUCGGACCAAUCCUGAGGCGCUUUACGGAUCAGGCCGCGCUGCCGAUCGCACUACGUGAUACUUGAAGCUGAACAAAUCUACACGGCCGGAAGCCUUUUUUCUUGUAAAGCUUUGUGUUAAUAUUAUUUUGCAUGUUAUAUUUUACCUACAUUUAGCUUUGAUUAAUAUUAAAAUCAGUUCAGUGUACAACAAGAAGCUUUGAAGACACGUUUAUUACUUUAGAAAACACCAGGCGUGAGCUUCGAAUACUGGAAGAAGUUGGAGUGUAUUUUUUUUAUGUCAAUAUUUCCGUAAUGAAGUAUUAUUUCAGCGAGCUUGAACCCGGUUCUGUACGAAAUAAUCCUGUCGGAUUUUAAUGAAGGCUUUUACAAUUGGAGUGAAUUUACGAUGGCAGCUUUUAUUCUUCUGAGUCGUUUUGCUUGUUCGCUGUGAUAAGGUCUAUCCAGCUGUUUCCAGUGACAGACCCUCACACAGGGCCUGAAAUGUGUGUUUUAUUUUUCAAAUAAAUAAAUAAAAUGUU